AUGAAGUGGGCCCUUUUCACCGCUGCGCUGUAUCUGGCGUGUACCACAGCAAGCGGAACGACGAGCCACUCUGACCACGACUCGCACUCUGACCAUGAGUCGCACUCUGACCAUGACUCGCACACGGACCACGACUCGCACUCGGACGGGCACUUCGAGGCUGCUGCUGUUUAUGUCUUGGAGGAGGCAGGCACCCACUCCGUCAUUGCCGUGCCGGGGGAGGACUUCGAGGGCACUCUUGCCUUCAUGCUCGUGCCUGCUGCUUCUGCUGACUAUGAGGGCCUUGCAGGAGCGGAGGAAGAUGCCGAGGCUGCGUGGGACGCGUUCAUGGACGGCGAAGAAGACGCGACCGUUCUAGCCUCCGGCGAAACUGUCAUCCCGGACGCGACCGUAGUGUACCAGACCACCCUCGACGAGUCCAUCAUCGUGGUGCCGGCCGAGGUUACGGACGCGGGAGCCUACGCCCUGCUGCUCGAGCACGGGGGCGGGGAGGUGAGCACGGCUCUCAUCUCCCCGUUGGGUACGGCGGUGGCCGCCUCCGUCAGCGAGUUUAUGGACGAGGAAGAGGAGGAGGAGGGAGACACGGUGUCCGGAGCAAAGUGGGCCCAGGCUAUCGUGGCGACUUGCAUCGCCUGCUUCACCAGCUUCGUGGGAAUUUUCCUGCUCAUCAACAAGCGUAUCGCGAACGGCGUCGACCUCUCGCACGCGUACAUGUUCGCGACUGGCGCAAUCCUCACGGCAUCCUUGAUUCACAUCGUCCCCGAGUCGUUUGAGCGCUUCGAGGAUUCAGAGCUUGGCUUGUACGACCUUGGAAUCCACACCGGCGUCACCAUGCUCGCUGGCAUCACAGCCUCUGUCAUCAUUCGUGCGGUGUGCACGGCGGGCCACUCGCACACAGGUGCUCCGGCCACAGCUAAGGUUGUCGAGGCUGAUGGAGGCCAGUCGAGAGGGCCGACCACGCCAACAAUCCCGGACAAUCUGUUGGAGUUGGUCGAGCAGAGGAAGGGCAGGGCAUUGUUCGACUUCAAGGGGCUCAAGCCUAUCUGCUGGAACGUGAUUGUUGGCGAUGCGGUGCACAGCUUCACCUGUGGCUUCACGAUCGGGGCGGCUUUCCUCAGCUGCGGCUCAACCAUGGGCUGGACUAUUACGGCGUCGACGUUGAUCCACGAGGUUCCCAGCGAGAUGGCCGACUUCGUCGCCCUCCUGAACGGUGGCAUGAGCAUCAAGCAGGCGCUCACCUGGAACUUGGUGUCAGGAAUUCCCGCCAUCCUGGGGGCGGUCCUCAUCCUGGCGCUUGGUGACCAGUUCACGAACUUCCAGAUCGCGAUCAUCCUCCUGUUGGGCGCUGGCUCCUUCAUCUUCAUCGGGCUCACCGAGCUGCUGCCGGAAGCCCUGUCGUUGACGAUGGACGGGAAGGGCCUGGGAGAUUCUAUCCGCAAGCUUGGGUCGUUCGCGUUCGGAGCGCUCAUCAUUGGCAUCCCCCUCAUGUUUCACGCACACUGCCACGCCGGCUAG